AUUUGAUGUAAAACUGUAAAUAUAACCAAAAGCAUAUAUUCCAUGUAUAUGCAGACAUAUUGCAUAAACGUUAGAUAAAACCAAUAAAUCAAUGCCUUAAUAAUUUAAUUCCAGUAAUUGUGGAAAAGACAAUUCAGGAAUGCAAAAUGAACACUGUCAGGACAGACAAAGCAAGCAACUGUCUGGGGCCCUUGACAGUCUAUCUACCCUAUAACAUAUUUCUCUGGUUUUGAAUUACAUCCUAGAAUGGAGCCCCCAAGAACCUAGAUUUUGACCUUGACUUGUGAUGAUAGAUAGAUAGAUAGAUAGAUAGAUAGAUAGAUAGAUAGAUAGAUAGAUAGAUAGAUACUGAAUCAAUACAAUACAAAUUAAAAAAAAAAAAAAACUUCCACCACUUUAUUGUUCUGCAAUGACCUUUUGUUUUGAAAGUUUCACGCCGGAUGCAGCGCCACUCUCGCCCCUUUGACACUUGACGCUCCGCGCAGACGGUCAAGCCAGACGCGGCGGCGACAAUCAAGGAGUGAUGUGAACGCGCGGCACGGCACGGCUCGGCUCGCCUGUGGGAAGUCGGUGUCCCGCUGUUUGCCUGAACGCUAAUAACCUCUCGCUCUCUCUGUCUUUCGCUCGGAUAUAGCCGACACACACGCACACACACGGAGUGGAGAGGCGCAACAUGAUGGCGACGUUGGGACCGGAGUCGGCUCGCCCUCCUUCCCAGCUCAGUUCCUCUCCGUCGAUCCAGGCUCACAUCGGCGGCGCCAACCUGCCCCCCAACCGGGGCUUGGAGCGGGCGCUGGAGGAGGCGGCGGCCAGCGGCGUCCUCAGCCUCAGCUCCCGAAAGCUCAAGGAGUUCCCACGGACAGCCGUCAACCACGACCUCAGCGACACGGUGGAAGCAGACCUGUCAAAGAACCGUCUGGCAGACGUCCCCUCAGAGAUCUGCCACCUGGUCGCCUUGGAAACGCUAAACCUCUAUCACAACUGCAUCAGGACCAUUCCAGACAGCGUCAUCAGUCUGCAGUCGCUCACCUCCCUAAAUCUCAGUCGUAACCAGUUGGGCUCUCUGCCGGCCUGCCUCUGUGGUUUACCUCUGAGGGUCCUGAACGCCAGCAACAACAAGCUGGUCAGCCUGCCCGAGACCAUCGGACAGCUGCACAGCCUCAUGGAGCUGGACAUCAGCUGCAACGAGAUCACGGCUCUUCCUCGUCACAUCGGCAAACUCAAAGCCCUGCGUGAACUCAACGUACGCCGAAAUCUUCUCUGUGUCCUGCCAGAGGACCUGGCUGACCUUCCUCUGGUAAAGUUUGAUUUCUCCUGCAACAAAGUCUCCACCAUCCCGGUGUGUUACCGGAAAAUGAAACAGCUCCAGUCACUCCAGUUAGAAAACAACCCUCUGCAGAGCCCACCUGCGCAGAUUUGUUUAAAGGGUAAAGUUCACAUAUUCAAGUACCUGAGCAUUGAGGCGUGUCGCAGUGAGAAGAUGCCCGACUCUCUCUACCUGCCUGUCAUCGAGCGCCUCAGCCUAUCACGGCCCACCACUGGCAGUGUGGAGGACAUGGAGCAGCAGAAGAAGCAGGACAGCGACUCGGGCGUCGGCAGCGACAACGGAGACAAGAGACUGUCUGCCACUGAGCCAUCAGAUGAAGACAGCCUGAGUCUCAACGUACCGAUGAGCCACAUCACGGAGGAGGAGGGAAUCAGCAAAGACGACUCCAGUGAACACAUCAGCUCCCUGACAGCAGACCCGACCUCUGACUCAGUGCGUCUGAUUGAGGAGAGCCCUACGGAAGCCCUGAAGGACCAGCUCAAUUUCCGAGACUCUGCUCUCAGCCCGUGCUUCCUCAGCUACAUCAAGGGUCGGACGCCGGCAGACUUCGACGAGCCCCUCAGGAUAGAGGAAGACUCACACUGGCCCGCUGAGCAAAAGUCAAAGGUCACAAGGAGCACAGAGCUCCACAUUGAUAUGAUCAAUCAGCUGAAAGAGGCCGUGGAGCUGCUGCAGGACCCCAGCAGAGUGAACACGGAGCAUGAAGAUCUGUCUGGAGUCCAGCUCUAUCCAGUGGAAUUGGUCACAGUGGAUGAGUCACUCAGUUGGCAGGACAGUGAUGAUGGCUCCACAACACCAAAGCGAGAUGACAGAUGUUCAGCCGGCGGACCUCCAUCCUUCUCAAGCCCACCCUUUGGACUGAAGCCCCGAUCUGCCCCGCCCUCGCUCCCCUGCUCGCCCCCUCCUUCCUGUCUCGACUCCUCCCUCCUCCCACAGGCCUCGCCCCUCCGUAGAGAUACAUCUCGUAGCCAUGACGACGGAGGCAUGCACAGCCGCGUGUUCCUGCGGAGCCACAAGAGUCUGGAGUCUGUGGAUCCUCAGUUCACCAUGAGAAGAAAGAUGGAGCAACUGCGAGAGGAGUUGGAGCUCAUGGAGCAGCUGAGAGACAGCAUCGAGAGCAGACUGAAGGUAGACCUUCCUGAAGACCUCGGCUCGUCCCUGAUGGACGGUGUCGUGCUCUGCCACCUGGCCAAUCACAUUCGCCCGCGCUCUGUCGCCAGCAUCCACGUCCCUUCACCUGCAGUGCCCAAACUGAGCAUGGCCAAGUGUCGGAGAAAUGUGGAGAACUUCCUGGACGCCUGCAGAAAGAUCGGCGUACCAGAGGACAAACUGUGUCUUCCUCACCACAUCCUGGAGGAGAAGGGCCUGAUGAAGGUGUGCGUCACGGUGCAGGCCCUGGUGGACGAGGCCUCCUCCAAACACCCCCUCCUGACGUGAGACGGGUGGAGACUGGCGGAGCUCCCACCCACUGACACGUACAGCAAACACACGCCUGGAUGGAAACGCUACAACUAUGCCGCAGUGCUCAUUCUGCAUUACUCUCAGAGUGUUUUUUUUAUUUUAUUUUAUUUAAGGAUGCAAAAUGGGGUUAAGGGAACUAAACUUGUGGAUUUAUUUACUAAUUCAUGAUAAGGGGAACCUCAUGGUGGAUUAAGAGACUGGUGGAAGACCAGCUUGUGGCUGGUUGCAGGUGACUUCUCACCAUGAAUCAUGUGCUAUAGAUCGGUUUCACCCUCUUUGAUUCCUGUUUAUUCAGGUAGACACAAGAACCACAUACUGUCAACCCGAAGGGCAUCAACACAACUCAUUUCUUAGUUUAUCUCUAUUCGGGCGUUCUUACACUGGCUGGUACCAAAACAUUUGAGGCAAAUAUUGAGAGAAAUAAGGCUUUGAGAAUAAAAUGAAAAUAUUUGCGGGAAUAGAAUGAGAAAAUUAACAAUAUUUUAAGAGUCAAUUGCAAUUUUUACCAGAAAAUGUCAAAGUUAGAAUUUUCUAAGAAACCUUUUUGUAAUGCUGCAGCAUUUCUUUUGCAAAAUUCUGAGCUUUAUUCUAUAUUUUUCCAAAAAUAUUGCAUUUUUAUUCUCAGAACCUCUUUGUUUUCUUUUCUGUAAUAAUCUAUAAUAUAUAAAAAAUCUGGGAUUUAACUUCAAUUAGUUGAUGGAGCUGUUUAGCUUUUUUGUUUAGCAUACAGUCUGAACUCAUUUAGCACCACCCUAUGCCUAUGCACACGUUAGCUCGAUGAUUCUAUAAACCAUCAGUUAUCUGUCUACAGACAAGACAUUUUAUUCUACUGAGUCUUCUGGUGCGGUGUUUCUAGACUGUGGGAGUGUUUGGAUGUUUUUUCUCUCAGUUCCCUUCAAGAGAAAAACACCAAAUUUUUUUAGUCUUAACACGGAGCGAGGCGGCUCUUCACCAUAAAUUUAUAUUUAAACAGUGAGAUAUUUAUAAUAUAAAGAGACGCUGAGAUGAGGCAUUUGAGUUGUUGUACACAGUCAAAAGAUAAUAGCCCAAAAAUAUUUUUCUCUAAUAUAUUUUAGGUAUAUUUGCGUAUGUUUUGUAAGGUUUUACUCUUGACUUUUAUCUGUGGAGCUUUGUGCAUGUCCCUGAAGCAGGUCUGAGUCUGUGGGGACACUAAUCUGUGUCUGUCCAGGUAAAUACUGUUUGGUCUUUUCUCCCUCAUCCUGUUACGUGUUUCCAGUCAGUGUUCACGGAGGGAACAUGGAGCCGUUUUUAGGGGUUGGUAAUAAUCUGAUUUGCUAGUGUGCCAAAUCACGGGGUGAAAAACGUGGGUCAUUGAGUUUCAAGGGCAAAUUACACUUUCCACGUAGCUGAGGCCGUGGAUGGAUCACUGGAGGGGCCUACAGGGCACAGAGGCAAGAGGCCAGAGCCAAUACAAAGACACCAAAACAAACCACAAAAAGAAACAAGGCAACUGCUUGGACACAAAUUGCAAAAGCAGACAACAUGAAAGACAAAAAAUAGACCACACAAGUACAAAGACACAAAACAGAAUGCAAAAGAAACAAUGUGACUACAAACAAAUGAAAAGAGACCGCAAGAGAAACAAGAUAACUACAAAGACAAACAGAAACAAGACAACAUGACAUUAUAAGAACAUAAAACACAAUGACAUCACACCUUUUACCUUUUUAUUCAUUAUUCUAAUUGUAUGACACAAACCACAGGAACACCAGGAGCUUCUUCACCUGCGUGGUCAGUGUCCAGUAAUCCAUCCAGGGCUUGUUUAUUAUAGAUCUUGAAGACGGUUCAGAUGUGUGUGUCUGGUUUGUGUACUUCAGGAUGUGGUGGGCGUGGCGUUGGCAAGGAUGAGAUCUCAUUUAGUCACACCUCUGAAUCGAACAGUCACAUGUAUAAAAAAAAAAAAGGUAAUUCUUUUUGCCAAUCUGCAGAAUAAGUUGAAAGCUGAUGUAGUGAAAUGAGCCCUGCACUCGAGUGGUUUGUGGUUGAGCUGGUUCAGACCUCUGAGGCCGGACCUGUAGCUGUGCGACAUCAGACUGUGGGACUCAGGGUAGGUUUUGGGUUUACUACACUGUUGAUGCCUCAUUCCACAGCCUGCUACGUCAGCAGUCUUUCUAUGUGUGCGUGUGUGUGUAUGUAUAUGUGUGUGUGUACAUGUUUGUUGCCACGUGGCCUUUUUGAAUCAUGUGGUGUUGCAGACUUGGUCCAAACAAUGAUUUUAAAGGAUCAGGACAUUUUUAUUCACAGAGAUUCUAACGUCCAUGUUAAAUAUGUGAGAGAUUUCAGCUGUCGAGACUUCUUUAAAUUGAAGCACCCAUUUUCUCCUUCUGAAUUCUAGGAAGCAGUUUCACUCUAAACUAGUAAUCAGGCGUCUGAGUUUUGACGCCUAUGAUUGGUUUGAUGAAAGCUGCUUUCGUACGAUACCAACAUGAGUGAUUCUCAUGAACAAUUAAAAACUAGACACCAUGGCCACACAACAGGGAGCGCUGCAGAAACAGUUAAAAGAACAGCCUACAAAUAAAAUAUUUUAAAAUCACCUAAAUAUAAAGUGUUGAAGAUGCAUUCAUAGGAUUCAGCCUCGUAGUGUUAUACAACGGUGUGUUAUAGAGGUAUUGAUGAACAGGAAAUAUGGAAGAUUCAAUUCAAGAUUCAAGGCUUGAAGAUAUUAAGUUAAGUCACACCUUUAGCACAAUAUAAUUGUCAAAUAUUGGUAGUUUUUGUUUUGUUUAAUUUUUUUACAUUGUCUUCAUAACUCCUAAAAUAAACAAAAAUGAAUAAAAAUAAAUGUCAGUACCUUGCAGCCAUGCAGCAAACACCACAGAAGUGACAAAAACUGCAGUUCCUCCAGUGGCCACGUGAGGCUCCAAAAGCGAAUCAGUUACCAAUAUAGACCAUUGACCUCCAGUCUUCAUAAACUGUAAUUGUUAAGAGAUUCAUCCAAGGUUAGUAGAUAAUUAGCAAAGUUAUGUCAUAACUUGAGCACAAUGUACAAUGCAGUAGUUUUAUUACAGUCUUUCAUAACUUCCAGAAUAAAUAAAAAUAAAAUAAAUAAAUCUCAGUACCUUUCUAAAAUCCACCAUGCAGCUAGCUCCACGAUGUGCCAAAGCUGCAGUUCCACUGGGGGCCACUUGAGGCUCCAAAAAUGAGUAAAUCUUUAUAGACCUCCGUGUUAAUGUCACUUUUGUUUUCUGAAGCUUAUUUCUUCAUUCAUGACACUUGCACCGGGGGAAAAAUAUUGUAGAACACACCUGUUUAAUUUAGAUCAAGGCUUAAAGUUUUUACAUAACUGAGGUGCAGUUGAACAAUUUGUGAUUGGCAAAAAACAAUGAGGCACUGUCAAGAAGGAACAGCACAAUGAAGUCCAGACAUCUUACUGCCUCUUUAAAAUCAAAGAGUUGGUCCAGGAUCACGUUGUGUUUCUUCUGCACAUCAACACGACCACAUGAAGCAGCAGGCCUGUGUGAAUGAGAGUCUUUUUAGUUUGUGCAGCUUCGUAUCCAAAGCUUGAGCUUACUACUACUUAAAAGAUUGAGUAGUAAAAAAAAAAUAAAAAAAAUAUCAAGAAAUGGAUCAAGGAACGAUUCCACUGGAGGGAUUUUACAGUUGCCGAAACAAACCUUUUUUUUUUCUCUCUUGUGAUAAAGGAGUUGAUUGAAAUGGACUGUAAGCCUGUGCACAUAUUAUUUAUCACAAGUUUCAUGUACUGUACGUUUCACCACAUAACACUCUCAUCAGCAAAGCGCCAGUUUAUUAUCAAUACACAUGAUUUAGAUAAUUAAUGUUCAUGUAUUUCAACACUAUGGUGAGGAAAUAACUUCCAUGUGCCAUUAGUUUAAUUCAUUCUGAUAUUUCUCACAUUUAGUCUGACCAGUUUGACUAAAUGUCGUCAUAAUACAAAUUAAGUGAGAAAAUGAUGGUUUCACUUUGCUCGUACGUGAUCGCAAAUUUUCACACAGUUCUGAACACAUCGUCACAGUGUUUUCUGGGAAAAAAGCAAUAAACCUAAAAGCGGCUGCUUCCUGGACAGAAUCUGCACUUUAAACUCGUGUAUUUAUGUCUUUGUUUUGGCAACUGAAAAAAUCUGAAUUCACCCUUAAAGCUGAAAUUAUACAACAGAGUUUCAGAGGGAAAUGUGACGCUGGUGUAAAUUCUGUAAAUGUGUGUCUGCUAAACAUAAAGCAGUUUUGUUUGUUUGCUUUUUUUUUUUUUUUUUUAAAUGUCUCCUCUUUUGUAUAAAUGUCAUUUUCAGAAACCACCUGUACUCACAUUUUUUGUACUUUUCUGACUGGGAGCAAAUUUAUUUUUAUGUUUCUUCUUUUUCAGGUUUGUUGAGAUUUGGAUGUACCAUACCCCUCUUUUUUAAUUUUUUUUUCUGGUAACUUUUGGUGAACGUUUUGUGUAAUUUCUUGUACAGCAACUCAAAGUCUACACGCAUGUCCCUGUAACGUCGCCUUAACUGCUGUGAAUACUGUAUAUACUGUACUUUACUUCAUCACUUUAUCAGUAAACACCUCACCUGAUGAAA